CAAUGAGAGAUUUAUACAUGAAAAAUGGCCAAGGCUUUGCAUUAGUUUAUUCCAUCACAGCACAGUCCACAUUUAAUGAUUUACAAGAUCUGAGAGAGCAGAUUCUUCGAGUUAAAGACACUGAUGAUGUUCCGAUGAUCCUGGUUGGUAAUAAGUGUGACUUGGAAGAUGAAAGAGUUGUAGGAAAGGAACAAGGUCAGAACCUAGCAAGACAGUGGAACAACUGUGCAUUCUUAGAAUCUUCUGCAAAAUCAAAAAUAAAUGUUAAUGAGAUCUUUUAUGACCUAGUGCGGCAAAUUAACAGAAAAACUCCAGUGCCUGGGAAGGCCCGCAAAAAAGUCAACAUGUCAGCUGCUUUAAUAUAUUAGAUGCAUUGUAGCUCUGAGCCAGGUCUGAAGAACUGUUGCCCAAUUCAACAGUGCCAGCAUUCCAACUUUGUUAAACCUACCAACAUCUUAAAUGGACUUUCUGUGGUGGUACCCUUUAAGAGGCGGAUGAAAGCUACUACAUCAGUUUGCACAUUCUGAUCACUUUCCAGUAUCACAAGAGAGAUUUUUACUUAUAUAAUAGUCCUAGAGUAUGCAGCUGGUAAAACCAGAGGCUACAAUCCAGUAUUACUGCUAAGAGACAUUUUUCAUCCACCAAUGUUGUACAUGUAUGAAAAUGGUGUACUGUAUACUUUAACAUGCCCCAUACUUUGUAUUGGAGAGUACAAUAAUGUAAAUCCUAAAAGCACCACUAUUUUAGCAUAAUAAAAGAAAGUCCAAAGAGCUCCUAAAAAAAAAAAAA